CUAUUAAAAGAUGCCAGAUAACAUUUAUAUACUGGUCUUUUGCACCACCCCUUUUGGGGGAGGGUGCCUUCUUAUAUCUUAAUUUUUUAUAAAUAAGGAUUUUGUGAAGCUAUCUACUUUUUCCAUUGGACAUCUAUUUUUGUAUCAUUUUUGUCAUGAACUUCUGUUUUGUUUAAUGGUACUGCUUUACUUAAAUGUGACACAUGACCAUAUGAAAUAAUUAACAAUGCCAGAAAAAGCAUAGUUUAUCCAUAUUAUCAGAAAUUCUUUAACUGAAAAUGUGUUACUGUGUUGUCUUAUUUAAAAUUAAGUGGUAUAUGUUUCUCGUUUGGGUAUUGGGGAGGAAAGCCCCAACUCGAAAAAGGCUAAGGAAAGAGAGCUCAGGCCAGCAGUUUCUGAGAAGGGGAAAAACACUUUUUCAGCAGUGUUUUGAUAUACAGUUAGGAUUGAGAUGAGACUCAAGAGCAGCAAUACAGCCUAUAUUCCGGCACCUUUGUUGGGGAAUAAAUUAGUUUUAGAAGGAAGUGCUUGCUGUAAGCCCUUCUGAUUCAUUUUUCCUUAGAGUGAGAAAAACAGGAUCCUUAUUUCCUGCCUGCAGGGAUGUGUACUAGGACUGAAGUCUUGAGAAUAUAGGUUUGUUUUGCUGCUUUCUGAGCCCUGGUGGCACAGUGGUUAAAGGUGCUUAGCUGCUAACGGAAAGGUUGAUGGUUCAAACCCACCAUCCGCUCGGUGGGACAAAGAUGUGGCAGUCUGCUUCCAUAAAGAUUUACAGCUUUGGAAACACUGGAGCGAUUGUACUCUGUCCUAUAGGGUCCCUGCGUCAGAAUUGACUCAACGGCAGUAUGUUUGGUUUGGGGCCUAAGUACGAUAAGUCAUACUUGUGUUCUUAUUUUUAUAGUAAUAAGAACUACAGUCUAAACAUGAAAGAGCACAGCUUGAACGUCAGGAUCUAAGUAUUCUAGAAUAGUGGUCUUCAAAUUAGUUUGAUCAUAUUGUUUGUCAGUAAAAAGUUUGAGCAUGUACUGCCACUAUUUUUAAGUGUUUAAGAAACUUCAUACUAUCAUGAAUUAAUAUCUCAAGGGACAAUAUAUUCAGUAUGUUUUAUUGCUACUAAUAGAAAUUGACAUCAUAGACUUGAUCUUAACUUUUUGGUAUAUUUGUCAGAUCUGAUUAGAUGGUUAUUUAUUUCAUAAUGUGGAGGAUGAAGAACUAGUCGUAGGGAUAGAAGUGUCAGCUCUCCCAGGCACUUCUUUACUUGUCCUUGAAUUAUUAGCAUUAUCAUCCAUGUAAGGUUCUGCGGGAACCUUUUUCAACCAUUUGUCUAUUUGUAAGGAGAGUUUAGUUAAACUAGAUAACUAAAUUUGUACAUCCACUUAAACCGGACAGGUAUAAACUAUAAUAUGCUGAAAGCAAAUGAAUGAGUGAGGGCAUCAUGGUCAACCUCUUGUGGAGUUGUCUACUCUUCCCUUCAAAUACCUGAACAAUGUAUGUGAUACAUGACCAUAUGACAUAACGAUUCGAUUGAGGCCUCUUCUGUAAAAAAAUACGUGUAAAAGCUUAUUUUUAUCUCUGGGUUUAAAAAAAAAUAGUUCUAAUAUUUUAUUCCUACACCCCAGUGGAUUGGUUUUUGUGUACUCUGCUUUAGGGAGAUAGUGAUUGAGAAUAAUCGGAUUUUAUUUAAAGUUGCUGCAUGUUGAGAAGAAAUUGGGCUGAGCUGUCUCAUUCCAGCAGCUACCCUUCCCAGAGAGUAAACAUCAUAUCAGUAUGACCUUGUAAUGUUAAUGUUAUAAUUUAUUUCCUAUGUCAAUGGAAAUCUGAUAAACUGAAUUAUAUUUUGCUAAACUGACCUAAUAGUAAAUCUGAAAAGAUUUCACAGGUUGACUCUCGAGUGUGCAUUGUUACUGACCAUAGUUACAAACAUUAUGCUGUAUUAUCACAGCUGUUUGAGAUGGAGAACGUUUUUACUGUGUCAUCAGAUCCUCAUCCCCCUCCUGCAGUCCCUCCUUCACUUUCUUUACCUUUAUCUUCGUCUUCUACCUCAUCUGGGACUAAAAAACAAAAGAGGACCCCUGCGUAUCAGAGAUCUAUGAGCUUUGAUCCAAACCUUCUCCACAACAAUGGACACAAUGGGUACCCCAAUGGUACUUCAGCAGCACUGCGUGAAACUGGGGUUAUUGAAAAACUUCUAACCUCUUAUGGAUUUAUUCAGUGUUCAGAACGUCAAGCUAGACUUUUCUUCCACUGUUCACAGUAUAAUGGCAACCUGCAGGACUUAAAAGUAGGAGAUGAUGUUGAAUUUGAAGUAUCAUCUGACCGGCGGACUGGGAAACCCAUUGCUAUUAAACUGGUGAAGAUAAAACCAGAAAUCCUCCCUGAAGAACGAAUGAAUGGACAAGUUGUGUGCGCUGUUCCUCACAACUUAGAGAGUAAAUCUCCAGCUGCCCCGGGUCAGAGUCCAACAGGGAGUGUAUGCUACGAACGUAAUGGGGAAGUGUUUUAUCUGACUUACACCCCUGAAGAUGUUGAAGGGAAUGUUCAGCUGGAAACCGGAGAUAAAAUAAACUUUGUAAUUGAUAACAAUAAACAUACUGGUGCUGUAAGUGCUCGUAAUAUUAUGCUGUUGAAAAAGAAGCAGGCUCGCUGUCAGGGAGUAGUUUGUGCCAUGAAGGAGGCGUUCGGCUUUAUUGAAAGAGGUGAUAUUGUAAAAGAGAUAUUCUUUCACUAUAGUGAAUUUAAGGGUGACCUAGAAACCUUACAGCCUGGAGAUGAUGUGGAGUUUACAAUUAAGGACAGAAAUGGUAAAGAAGUUGCAACAGAUGUCAGACUAUUGCCUCAAGGAACAGUCAUUUUUGAAGAUAUCAGCAUUGAACAUUUUGAAGGAACUGUAACCAAAGUUAUCCCAAAAGUACCCAGUAAAAACCAGAAUGACCCGUUGCCAGGACGUAUCAAAGUUGAUUUUGUGAUUCCUAAAGAACUUCCCUUUGGAGACAAAGAUACAAAAUCCAAGGUGACCCUUCUGGAAGGUGACCAUGUUAGGUUUAAUAUUUCAACAGACCGACGUGACAAAUUAGAACGAGCAACCAAUAUAGAAGUUUUAUCAAAUACGUUUCAGUUCACUAAUGAAGCCAGAGAAAUGGGUGUGAUUGCUGCCAUGAGAGAUGGUUUUGGUUUCAUCAAGUGUGUGGAUCGUGACGCUCGUAUGUUCUUCCACUUCAGUGAAAUUUUGGAUGGGAACCAGCUCCAUAUUGCAGAUGAAGUAGAGUUUACUGUAGUUCCUGAUAUGCUCUCUGCCCAAAGAAAUCAUGCUAUUAGGAUUAAAAAACUUCCCAAGGGCACGGUUUCGUUUCAUUCUCAUUCAGAUCAUCGUUUUCUGGGCACUGUAGAAAAAGAAGCCACUUUUUCCAAUCCCAAAACCACUAGCCCAAAUAAAGGCAAAGAGAAGGAGGCUGAGGAUGGCAUUAUUGCCUAUGAUGAUUGUGGGGUGAAACUGACUAUUGCUUUUCAAGCCAAGGAUGUGGAAGGAUCUACUUCUCCUCAAAUAGGAGAUAAGGUUGAAUUUAGUAUUAGUGACAAACAGAGGCCUGGUCAGCAGAUUGCAGCUUGUGUGCGACUCUUAGGUCGUAAUUCCAACUCCAAGAGGCUCUUGGGUUAUGUGGCAACGCUGAAGGAUAAUUUUGGAUUUAUUGAAACAGCCAAUCAUGAUAAGGAAAUCUUCUUCCAUUACAGUGAGUUCUCUGGUGAUGUCGAUAGCCUGGAAUUGGGGGACAUGGUCGAGUAUAGUUUGUCCAAAGGCAAAGGCAACAAAGUCAGUGCAGAAAAAGUGAAUAAAACACACUCAGUGAAUGGUAUUACUGAAGAAGCUGAUCCCACCAUCUACUCUGGUAAAGUCAUUCGCCCUCUGAGGAGUGUUGAUCCAACACAGACUGAGUACCAAGGAAUGAUUGAGAUUGUGGAAGAGGGGGAUAUGAAAGGUGAGGUGUAUCCAUUUGGCAUAGUUGGGAUGGCCAACAAAGGGGAUUGCCUGCAGAAAGGGGAGAGUGUCAAGUUCCAGUUGUGUGUCCUGGGCCAAAAUGCACAGACUAUGGCCUAUAACAUCACACCCCUGCGUAGGGCCACAGUGGAGUGUGUGAAAGAUCAGUUUGGCUUCAUUAACUAUGAAGUAGGAGAUAGCAAGAAGCUCUUUUUCCACGUGAAAGAAGUUCAGGAUGGCGUGGAGCUACAGGCGGGAGAUGAGGUGGAGUUCUCGGUGAUUCUUAAUCAGCGCACUGGCAAAUGCAGCGCCUGUAAUGUUUGGCGAGUCUGCGAAGGCCCCAAGGCUGUUGCAGCUCCAAGACCUGAUCGGUUGGUCAAUCGCUUGAAGAGCACCACCCUGGAUGAUGCCAGUGCUCCUCGCCUAAUGGUUCUUCGUCAGCCAAGGGGACCAGAUAACUCAAUGGGAUUUGGUGCCGAAAGAAAGAUCCGUCAAGCUGGUGUCAUUGACUAAUCACAUCCACAAAGCAUAUCAUUAAUCCACUAUGAUCAAGUUGGGGGGAUUUUGGUGAAGGGUUCUGAAUAUCUCCUUCUUCAUCCCUCCCAAAAUCUGGAAUACUUAUUCUAUUGAGCUAUUACACCAGUUUUAACACCUUCCUCAUGUUAUGUUUAAAAAAUAAAUAAAUUUAAGAAAACCAUUUUAAAAUUAUGCACAGUUGCAGCCUGGAAAACUUAAGGUGGCGCCUUAUAGUAUCAAUUUUAGGAGCUUUAUUUGGUGCAUUUAACGCAACUGGUAAUUGCAAAAUCCACAUUGCCUGUGUAAGUGAUAAAUAUAGACUGUUAUCUUGCUGGCCCUAUGAAAUUCUGCACUUGAUAUUUAGUGUUUACCUUCAUUACUUCUGGCAAGAUGUUCUGCCUUAUCACUCAGUUGCAUUCUAUUCCUUUUCUUCCCUGUUCAUUAUGCUUUAAUUCUGAGGACCAUUAUGAGGGUAGAUUAUAUUACCUUUUAAAAAGUACAAAAAUUUAUAUAGGCAAACUAUUUCCUUAAGUUGAUGGCCAAAUGUUAAAAUAUUAUUUUUCAUAUCAUUUAUAAUCUUGUCACAGUCCACUUAACAGUUUGGUUAGAUUUCAGUGAAAAUUAUCUUCCAGAGUAGUUCUUUUUUCCCUGGGAUAGGGGUAACUUUACUACAAUUAGUAUGUAUGGUGCAGAAUUUCAUGCAAAUAAGGUGCGCCAGCAGUGAUAAUUUAAAUGUAUUUAAACAAAAAAAGGACGAAUGCACAAAUGCUGCUGCUUAGAUCACUGCAGCUUCUAGGACCCAGUUUCUUUUACUGAUUUAAAAACAAAACAAAAAAAUAAUAAAAAAGUUGUGCCUGAAAUGAAUCUUGUUUUUUUUAUAAGUAGCCACCUGGUUCCUGUGUCUGUAAAAUACAGGCACUGGACUUGGUGUAGCUUCUGUUCGACCUUGUAUCACGGGAAUGGAUUGAUCUGAUUCUUGGCCCUCAUCUUGAAUUGGCCACAUACAGGGUCCCUGGCAAGUGGACUGAAAGCUUUGUCUAAGAUGACAAGGGUCAGCUCAGGGGGUGUGGGGAAGGGCGCUGUAUCUUCCCCAUUGUCGUUUGAGGUUUUGAUCUUCUCUGGGUAAAGAGGCCAUUUAUCUUUGUAAACACAAAACAUUUUUGCUUUCUCCAGUUUUCUGUUAAUGGCGAAAGAAUGGAAGCGAAUAAAGUUUUACUGAUUUUUGAGAACACCACUA